AUGUGGUAUUUUUUAUCCUUGCAGCGUGAGUGCAUCUCCAUCCAUGUAGGACAAGCUGGAGUGCAGAUUGGAAAUGCAUGCUGGGAAUUGUAUUGCUUGGAACAUGGGAUCCAGCCUGAUGGACAGAUGCCUUCUGACAAGACCCUUGGAGGGGGUGAUGAUUCUUUUAAUACCUUCUUCAGUGAGACGGGAGCAGGAAAACAUGUCCCUCGGGCUGUCUUUGUGGAUUUGGAACCCACUGUUGUGGAUGAGGUCCGGACUGGGACCUAUCGUCAACUCUUCCAUCCUGAACAAUUGAUCACUGGCAAGGAAGAUGCAGCCAACAAUUAUGCCAGGGGGCAUUAUACAAUUGGAAAGGAAAUUGUAGAUCUUGUACUGGAUCGAGUUCGGAAGCUGUCUGACCAAUGCACUGGACUUCAAGGAUUCCUCAUCUUCCAUUCUUUUGGGGGAGGCACUGGGUCUGGCUUUACUUCUCUCCUUAUGGAGCGUCUUUCUGUUGACUACGGCAAGAAAUCCAAAUUAGAAUUCUCCAUAUAUCCUGCUCCUCAGGUGGCUACAGCUGUGGUGGAGCCUUACAAUUCCAUCUUGACAACCCAUACAACCCUGGAGCAUUCUGACUGUGCCUUCAUGGUAGAUAAUGAGGCCAUCUAUGACAUCUGCAGAAGGAACUUGGAUAUUGAGAGACCAACAUAUACAAAUUUGAACAGACUGAUUGCCCAAGUGGUAUCUAGCAUCACGGCAUCUCUUCGCUUUGAUGGUGCUCUGAAUGUUGACCUCACAGAGUUCCAGACCAACUUGGUUCCAUAUCCCCGGAUCCAUUUCCCCCUGGCCACAUAUGCCCCCAUUAUCUCGGCAGAGAAGGCUUAUCAUGAGCAGCUGUCUGUCUCAGAAAUCACCAAUGCAUGCUUUGAACCAGCCAAUCAGAUGGUGAAGUGUGACCCUCGACAUGGGAAGUACAUGGCAUGCUGCAUGCUCUACCGAGGGGAUGUGGUCCCCAAGGAUGUGAAUGCAGCCAUAGCAGCCAUCAAGACCAAGAGGACUAUCCAGUUUGUGGAUUGGUGCCCGACAGGAUUCAAGGUGGGUAUCAACUAUCAGCCUCCAACCGUAGUCCCUGGAGGAGACCUCGCCAAGGUCCAAAGGGCCGUCUGCAUGCUGAGCAACACUACCGCCAUUGCUGAGGCAUGGGCUCGACUUGAUCACAAGUUUGACCUCAUGUAUGCCAAGAGGGCUUUUGUUCAUUGGUAUGUGGGUGAGGGGAUGGAAGAGGGGGAAUUCUCUGAGGCCCGUGAAGAUCUUGCCGCUCUCGAAAAGGAUUACGAAGAGGUUGGUGUGGAUUCCACUGAGGAAGGUGAAGAGGCUGGUGAAGAGUAUUGAAAUUUUCAUCUCUUCUCCAUUUGCAUCACUCUGUCUGUUGUCUGCUUCUUCCUAUUUUACUUGAAGGUGCUUUUUGUAUCGAUAAUUUCUCAUUUCCUUGGUGGAAAUAUAUCUCUUUGGGCAUGAGACAUGCCAUGGUUUUU